UCGAGAGAAGUCAGAUAAAAGAAUUCUCGCUAUACAAAGAAUCAUCGCUGCGUAUCGGAAUGGAAUCGCUGCCGGAGAUUAACGCUGCCGCCAGGCGUCAGUGGAGCGUCACUCGAGGCACCGAGGCAAACUCCGGUCAACACAACCUCGGAGAACAGAUAGUUAGAGCGAAUAACAAGGGGACCAACCAGCCGUUCACUGGAGCGGUGUUAUCGCAGCUACACUUGGACUUGUACGAUAAGCUCGAAAAUGGGUCACAUGCGCGGAGGCCAAUUCGAAAUCCCACGGUUGCUGGGCAUGGAGAGCAGAGGGGUCGUGGUCGCAACAAUAGUAUCAAUGAAACAGAAAUUGAUGUGACAGGAGCCAUUAAUGAUUCACUCGAAGCCAAGUGCGCAAGCUUUGAACAUACUGUAAGAUCUGUCGAUACAUUAACUGGUAAUAAAGUAGGGAGUUACCAACUGAAAUCAACGGCUGACUUCUGUGUGGACGAUGUUACUCUCCGCCGACCUGUUGCAUCAACGACGCCGGUGAAAUCCAGAGCAAACUCCACGUCUUCAGUAGGCCGGGACAGGAGCGGUACUGCUAGGAGGUUAUCCGCCGAGGGAGAUUCUGUCAGCGGAUCGCGAGGACUGCGAACAGCCGAGUCGGGCAAGCCCAGACAUCGUGGGCUCAGUCCCAGGAGGGAUUGGGGCAUUGCAGACGGGGUGCUGACUCACAAGGAACGACAGACUGUGCGGAGCCUCGUCAGUCCGACUCUUGUGAACCAUCUCAGCCCCGAAGACGCCUGGAACGAAGACCAGGGCAACCGAAGGCGGAGCCGCUCCGACGUAAGGUACGACGCACUGCCCGUGCUUGACAACGGCGAGAUAGACGCACAUUCGUACCGUUUUUCUCCAACAUCGUGCCACAAAUACAUUCCCGAGAUUGGGCACUCAGAUAAGCCGCCGCAAGGUGGACACCAUAGCGAUAGUCCUACCCAUCGAUUAAUCGAUCCCCGUUACAAGUUGACAACCCAGGACGAGACAAGCAAAUCAAACGAAAACCUUCAUCCACCAUCGGACGAACAAGAGCACGGUUUCAAAAGUCAUCAUAAAUUAAGCAAACACUACUGUAAAGAGGCUGAACAUUUCGGCACUCAAGUUUUUAAUCAACGAUCCCCAACUGAAUCGUUCAACACCCACCAGGAACACAGGACAAGUCAACUGCUACCGACUGCAGGGCGGCACCACCGUCGGAACGCGGUCGUGCACAUCAUGGAGAGUCUAGCCGAACGCUCCCGUUCCGACUCGUUCCGGGAGGAGCGGUACGCGACAGUGACGGACGAGACGCAGCAACGCGGCCGUCUACGGCGGGACACCUGCACUCUCAACACCAGCGGCGCUCCCUUGCGCUUUAAGCAAGGUCCGAGGGACAUAUUGACCCUACCCAAGCGGCGAAGGGCCUACUCGGACCUGUCUAGCAAUGAUAAAGUCCCAAGCAAGUCUAUUGCGGCUAGACGGCUCUCUAUCAACUCACAACAACGACUGAUGCGCGCUCAGUUGGCUCGUCAGAGGUUCGAACACGCCAUCAAAAUGGUGAUAAUCCUUCUUCGCAUACAUUCCAUGGUCUUCCAAAAACGCAAACACGAUAACAACAAGGAAACCAUGACCUUCACUGAGAUCGCAGAACAAUUCCAGUCAGCAGAUAUGAAGAGCUCAGGACUCUCGUUUGACCCGAGAGAUUUCAAGGCGAAACGAGAGAUCAACAUAAGCAAUGAAGCGAAAAACAUACUGAGCAUGCCCACUUACUGCAGAACACCAGAACAACUACAAAUUGCAUUGUACGGUUUGCAGACCAUGAAGUCCUUCGCUGAAUAUCCACUCCAUAUGCAGGAAAAAUUGGUCAAAGUCGCCUGGUUUGAAUGUGUUCCUCCCAAAAGAGUGAUCAUUCGUCAAGGACACUACGCCGAAAACUUCUACUUUGUUAUAUCUGGCUCAGCUGUUGUGACGAUCAUGGAGACGAAGGAGACAGGUGAACCGCACAUCCGCACCGCCGCUGUGCUGCGCAAGGGAAGCAGCUUCGGCGAGUUAGCGCUCCUGCACCAUUCCAAGCGCACGGCCACCGUGUCGAGCCAAGGGGAGGUUCAGCUCCUGGCCAUCGGACGGGAGGAUUUCUUCGACAUCUUCAUGAGGGGACAGCAGCCCGGGGAGGAGCCUGAACAUGUUAAGUUCUUGAGGCAACUCCACUUCAUGAAGCACUGGCCGUUAGAGCGGCUGAUUGAACAUCCAGAAAUGUGUCUCUUCCAUUUCUACAAACGCGGACAGGUCAUUGUCAAAGACAGCAAUAAAUCAGACUGGAUUUAUGUCGUUAAAUCAGGGUCUUGCCAAGUACUGAAGCAACUACACGCGGUGAAACCUAGCUUACCUUACCGGUCCAGCUCACUGAGUUCGAUCAGGCUUCCUAAGCUUCACUCAAGACACCUGUCAGCACCCGAGUUACCCUCGAAGCGACCAGCGAGGACGCGGAUACGGAACAACAGUGCCACAGCGUCUUACUUGCAGUUCAUCUCUGUACCUACAAUGUCUGCGAUGAAUACAGCUCAGUUUUCGGAGGCGGAUAAUCAUCUGUUGGUGAACGAUCCAUUUGAAGGUACUCAAUCGCUACCAGAUACAUUCCUGACUAGACAGAAGACGACUAUUGAUAGGAGGAGCACGCCCUCAGAGUCCAACUUUAGCCAGUUCACUCCCUACGAAGACACCUCACUGACCAGCUUGCCCAGCAUCAACAGCAGGCGGGGAGCCACGCCCUCCAGGGAGUCCUACUCCAGGAGCAAAUUCCGGGAGAUUGCUCGGAGAAACCCACCACCCCCAGCUGACAGGAUGUCAUGCGCGCCCAAGGUGACGGUGACCGAUGACCACACCAGCAGCGACUCGUCGUCGUCAUCUGACUCCCGAGGCUCCGUUUUUGUUCAGCUCGAGCUUCUCCUUCCAAAAGAUGUCUUUGGUCUAUCAACUUUGAACGUUGAUCUGGGGAUUGACCAUGAACAGUCAAGUGUUAAUCUGGUGAGCAGAGGCGCCGAAUGCAUCAUGAUCCAGAAAGACUUCUUUGCCAAAUACUGCGCAGACGAAGCCAAGCGGCACAUCCGGUCAAUCAUCAAGCCCUACCCUCCCCCGGAGCUCCUACAACACAAUCUCCAGAACCAUUCCAACUGGACCAACUACAAGCAGGAGGCCGUAGCUAACAUACUGAGGGACAGAUUCAGGACCAAGGAGUUGAGAUUGUAAUACACGGAGUCUUGAAGAACUUGAGACUGGGAAUCGAUUUCAUCCAGCUGAAACCACGGACCAUGCUGAAACCAAGCAAAUAUAGUAUAAUGUAUAGUGGUGUUGGGAGAAAUUGGGAUCGUACUUGCCCUUUUGUAAGAGAAUCGAUUCCGAUUCCUCUCCCUUGAGACUCGAUUCGAGAAAGCGCCUAUACAACCCUGAAGGACUGUCGACUCAAAUGGUUCACCGAAUCUUCUUUUUUUUAUAAAAAGGGUCAGAAGUUAUAAGUCGUCAUUGGUUCUACGACGGCGUCAUUUCACUUUCGUCCUUACAAUUUACUCUCUAAAAGUUGAACGAGCUGUAAAAGUAUUCCAAACUAUGAGAAAAUUAUGUAAAAAAAGAUAAUCAGAAUAAUGACUUUCUGGACAAGACAGAAUGAUAUUGUGUUCCAUAAUUUGUCAGCUGCUCUUGGUAGAUCAUUGAUAGGCCUAAUAAUAUUGCGCAGUACAAACAAUUUAUCAACAGAAAUGUUUUAUUUGAUUUUGGAUACUUGAUUAUAGUUUUUAAAAAGUGCAAUAUGUAUUAUGAAGACUUCGCAAAAAUACAACUCGUAAAUAUAAAAAUGUUAUAUAUAUAAUAUGCUAUUUUUCGCAUUAAAAUAUAAACUCGGCUGAGUCGUUUGAUAUAUUG